CAGGAAGAGGCCAGUGGGGCUGGAAAGGAGCCUGCAGAGAGCAGAGGAGGGGGAAAGGAGCCAGGCCAGAGAGCCAGCCGCGGCUGAGCAGACGGGGUCCUGUCGGGCUCACCCCGCGCCCUAGCAGGACCUCUGGCACGGGCGCCGCACCCAACAUGGCGGCCGCGCGGGACAGGCCGACUGGCGAGAGGAAGUGCGUAAGCAGGCGCCGGAAGUGGCUGGAGCCCCCGCCCCCUCCCGGGGUCUCUGUGGAGUCGAGGACGCGCCGGCUUUGAGCAUCCCUGGCGGGCCAGGGGGAGGCCUUGGGGCUGCGGCUCUCGCGGCCGCGGCCCCGCCCGCCUUCGACAUGGCCAGCUCCGGAGAGGACACGUCCAACGAGGGCGACGCGCCCCCUGCAGCAGCCACUAUGGCGGUGGGCGCCCACCUUCUCGGCUUCUCGGAUGAGAUCCUCCUGCACAUCCUGAGCCACGUGCCCAGCACAGACCUGGUUCUGAACGUCCGGCGCACCUGCCGGAAGCUUGCAGUUCUGUGCCUGGACAAGAGCCUUACCCACACUGUGCUGCUGCAGAAGGACUAUGAGGCGAGCGAGGACAAGGUGAAGCAGGUGGUGAAGGAGAUCGGCCGCGAGAUCCAGCAGCUCAACAUGGCCGGCUGCUACUGGCUGUCGGGCGCCACCAUCGAGCACGUCGCCCGCUGCCGCGGCCUGGUGAAGGUCAACCUGUCGGGCUGCCACCUGACCUCCGUGCGCCUCUCCAAGAUGCUGUCGGCCCUGCAGCAUCUGCGCUCCCUGGCCAUCGACGUGAGCCCCGGCUUCGAUGCCGGCCAGCUGAGCGGCGAGUGCAAGGCCACGCUGAGCCGCGUGCGGGAGCUCAAGCAGACGCUGUACACGCCCUCGUACGGCGUGGUGCCCUGCUGCACCAGCCUCGAGAAGCUGCUGCUCUACUUCGAGAUCCUCGACCGCACGCGGGAGGGCGCCGUCCUGUCGGGCCAGCUCAUGGUGGGCCAGAGCAACGUGCCCCACUACCAGAACCUGCGGGUGUUCUACGCGCGCCUGGCGCCCGGCUACAUCAACCAGGAGGUGGUGCGGCUCUACCUGGCCGUGCUCAGCGACCGCACGCCCGAGAACCUCCACGCCUUCCUCAUCUCCGUGCCCGGCAGCUUCGCGGAGAGCGGGGCCACCAAGAACCUCCUGGACUCCAUGGCCCGCAACGUCGCGCUGGACGCCCUGCAGCUGCCCAAGUCCUGGCUCAACGGCUCGUCCCUCCUCCAGCACAUGAAGUUCAACAACCCCUUCUACUUCAGCUUCAGCCGCUGCGCCCUGUCCGGCGGCCACCUGAUCCAGCGGGUCAUCAACGGCGGGAGGGACCUGCGGAGCCUGGCCAGCCUGAACCUCAGCGGCUGCGUGCAUUGCCUGUCCCCGGACUCGCUGCUCCGCAAGGCGGAGGACGAUAUCGACAGCGGCAUCCUGGAGACGCUCGUGGCGUCCUGCCACAACCUGCAGCACCUCAACCUGUCGGCCGCCCACCACCACAGCGCCGACGGCCCGGGCCGCCACCUCUGCCAGCUGCUGGCCCGACUGCGCCGCCUGCGCUCCCUGUCCCUGCCCGUGUGCUCCGUGGCCGAGGCGGCGCCGCGGGCCGACCGCGCCCCGGCCCAGCCCGCCCCGCACGCCGUGCCCCGCGGCUUUGGCAAGAAGGUGCGCAUCGGCGUGCAGUCGUAUUCCGGCCCCCUCCCGGGGCAGGCGGCCCCCCAGCCCUCCUCCGUGUUCUGGGCCCUGCUGAAGAACGUUCCCUUUCUGGAACGCCUCGAGCUCAUCGGGUCCAGCUUCUCCUCUGCCAUGCCGCGCAACGAGCCCGCCAUCCGCAACUCCCUCCCGCCCUGCAGCCGGGCGCAGAGCGUCGGGGACUCGGAGGUGGCCGCCGUCGGCCAGCUGGCCUUCCUGAGGCACCUGACGCUGGCCCAGCUGCCCGGCAUCCUGACGGGCUCCGGGCUGGUCAGCAUCGGCCUGCAGUGCCAGCAGCUGCAGUCCCUGUCGCUGGCCAACCUGGGCCUGAUGGGGAAGGUGGUCUACACGUCCGCCCUCUCGGACAUGCUGAAGCAUUGCAAGCGGCUGAAGGACCUCAGGCUGGAGCAGCCCUACUUCAGCGCCAACGCCCAGUUCUUCCAGGCGCUGAGCCAGUGCUCCGCGCUGCAGCGCCUCUGCCUGGUGUCCCGCAGCGGCACCCUCCAGCCCGAGGCCGUGCUGGCCUUCAUGGCGCGCUGCCUGCACGUCGUCGUGUGUCACAUGUUCACCGGGGAGUCCCUGGCCACCUGCAAGAGCCUGCAGCAGUCCCUGCUCCGGAGGUGGGGGGAGCUGACAGGGAGGAGGCCACCGAUGUUAACAAAAUGCCAAAGACAGCCAUCAACCGGGAGGUCUCCAGAAUUUCCGGUGGCCUUGCCGGACAGACUUCACGUCUGUCUUUGCAGUUUGCUGCUGAACUGCUCAGGAGAAAUCCUAGCUGAGGUUUUCCUUUCCCUGGUUAUGGAAAUAAUAUGUUAAUACUCCUCUAAAAAUUUGGACCAUGCGUCAAGCUGCUUUUCAGUGAGAGCUCCCCAUGGUUCCACCAACCAGAGGUCAUCACAGCCGGCCGACCCGGGGUGGAGUUAUCAUAUGGUGUGUACUCUGAUUUUUUUUUUUUUUUUUUCUGAUUUUACUUUUAAGUGUUCUCUACACCCAGCGUGGGGCUCGAACUCACAACCACAAGAUCAAAAUUCGCAGGCUCUAUGGACUGAGCCAGCCUGGGGCCCCUACUCUGAUUUUAAAAAAUGUAACACAUUGUAGAUGGUUUUUAUGUCGAUAAAUCUGCACAUGAUUGUUAUCAUUUCUUAAUGUUUUGUAGUGUUUACUUUUGCAAGAGAGACAGAUUGCAAGCAGGGGAGGGGCAGAGAGAGAGGGAGACACAGAAGCCAAGGCAGGCUCCAGGCUCCGAGCUGUCAGCACAGAGCCCGACGCGGGGCUCGAACUCACAAAUGGUGAGGUCAUGACGUGAGCUGAAGUCGGAUGCUUUACCGACUGAGCCACCCGGGUGCCCCUCUGCACAUGAUUACUUUUCAUUCUGUUUUGUGUCCGUUACAUGGGUGGGUCGCGGUCUCUGGUCUGGCCGUAGCUCACUCUGUGUACCACUGACUCCCCUUCACCUUCCGCUUCAGGAGUCUUCCGGCUCUGGAGCCCGUGUCGGCGAGGGCAGCUCACCAUCGCGUGUCCACACCUCAGUAUGCUUGUUGGGUGGGAUGGAGUCAAUGUUGUUGGUGUGCCUGGGAUUCGGGGGGCUGAGUCGGGUGCAGGCUGUGCGGCCCAGGCGCUGUGGGCUUUGGGAGGGACCGCAGCUGUCUGGGAAGUGGGGUGCGCGGCAGGUCGUGCGGCUGCCCCGCCCUGUGCUCUCCCCACGCACCUGCUGUCCGUGCAGGCGAAGGCCGCUUUUCUCUGGUGCACGAUGGAGACGCUGCUGGGCCGGCUCUGCCCUUUCGGCCACGGGGAAGAGUUGCCAGUCCUGUGUCCCCCUCGCCGACUUGCUGUAGGUCACCGCGUUCCCGGGGGCUCUGGCUUCGGGGAGCUGGCACCUCCCCGCUGGACGUGUUCUGCCAGAGGAGCUGGGACUGGCCUGUCCGCUCCCACCCGUUGCCGAAAGCCGCGGCUCGGAGAACCCUGUGGGGUUCUGCCUCUCUCCCCGCUGAAGGGUAGCUUCCCACAGAGACAGGGACCAGCUUUCCAUGUACACACAGGAGCCUUCUCAGAAACUGAGAACAUCUGAGGCCACCACGCCGUUCAGAAGCCCGUGCUUGUGACAAGAGAGCGUCUGAACGUCUCCCUCCCCGUGUGGGUGUCAUUGGCCAACGAAGGUAAUUUGUCAUUCUGAUCCUCAGAAUCCUUCUCAACACAGUGCUCCGGGCCGCUGUGCUCUUGGCACGAAGAUGCCAGUCCCUGCUCUCAGCUUCUCUUUCUCACUCUCGGUUCUUUUCUCGAGGUCCCUGUCUGCAGCCUGCUCGCCUCCUGGUGGCCUGGUCAAGGGCAUCCCUCCCCUGGCCUCUCGGACCGCGCCCACCUGCCCCUUUCUUAGGGGGCAUAGCACUCCCAGUUAUGCUCUUUGCAGCCCCUGCAGUUGAUGAGGUCUGAGGCCCGGUGUGCUCUGUUUUCCGCGCCCGGGUCAUGAGCCGGGUGCAGGGCUGGGCUCACUGAUGGCCCCAGCGGGCACCUAUCACAGCCGACGCUUGGGGCGUGGCGUCCGAGAGCAGACCUGAGGUUGGCCUUGGUUAAAUGGACAUCCUGGGCGGAGGCCGCACCCAUCUCUCUGUCCCCGCGUCCCAGCACUUGGCACAGGCCCGGGCCGUGGCCGGGUCCCCCGCGUGCCUAGUGCCACCUCAGGGGAAUUAAGGGCCCGUUCCGGCCUGCGGUGCCUGGAGCCCUCGCGUCUCCAGUGAACCUCCUCGGAGCCUCUGCUCCGGCCCCUGCCUCGAUGCUGGGGGCUGUGCCAGCGCUGUGUAUCGUUGCCUCUUACUCAAGCCUCACGGAAGUCCUCUGAGAUACGGGCCAUUAGUCCUGGUGUACAGAUGGGGAAACUGAGGGCUCUCAGAGUCAGGUGAGGAGUGCAGCCUGGACCCCAGCAUGGGGAGGAUGGGAGGUUGUGUCCAGAGGGGAGAAGGGUUAGGGCCUUGCUGGGUGCUGUGUGGGCUCUCCAGAGCCACGUGGGCAUUUCACCCUGAGCCCGCAAGCCCUGAGGGAGGCUCACAGGUCUGAAGAAUCUUCUGUGCUUGCCAGAGCUGCACCCACGUCCAGGUUCUACCGGAAGCCUUUCUCUGGCCGUGCUGCAGGGGGCAGGGCCGAGAUGCAGCCCGACGGGAGAGGUGCUGGCCCGCCUCUGCGCGGGUGUCCCGGUGGCCUCUGCGCUUGUCUGUGGCGCGGCCCCUGCUGUGGGUCUGGGCCAGCACAGGGAGGCUCCGGCAGUCGGGCCGCACACGGGUGACCUGCUGGCCUUCCCAGUCGCGCAGGACCCUGGGCCGCGGGGCCCCUUGCGGCCUUGCUGCCAGAGCAGGGGCCCAGCUGCUUUUCUGCGAUGUCGCCAGCAGAUGGCGCCGUGGCUCACAGUAACCAGAAGGUUCCCGACCCGGCCCUAGGUUUCUGGCCUCCAGGCCUGCGUUCCACCAGGGAAAAGGGAAAGGCUGGGAUUUGUCAUCACUUUUCUGCUGCCUUUCUUUUCUCUUAUCUCCUUCCCUGCCUCAGGCUCAGGGAAUUGUGGAGCCAGCAGGGGGGCGCACUUGGCCCUGGGCUGCCCUGCCACUCCCUGCCCGGUUUCUCCCGUGACUCAGCUGUGACUCAGCCACAGGGCUGCUGUCACAUCUGCGGUCCUGUCACUGGGCGAGUGGCUCCUCUCUUCGGGGUCGGCACGUUCCCUCUGGUUUAUGUGUCUGAUCUGCAUGUGUCUCACAGGUCCCGUCGUGGUGCCCUUUGUGGGGGUGGCAUCGGGACUUGGGCUUGGAGCCCAGCCCUGCCUCUCAGGCUGCCUCAGUUUCCUCAGUUGGGAGGCGGGUUUGUGACCGUACCGGACAUAGUCAUAACGGUGGUGGCGAUGUGUGUCCCACACCAAGUGCAGCGUCCUGACAGGCAUCCGUUCUUUCUUUCUGUUCUUUGCUCUUUCAAGUUUGAAACGCUGACCACUCGGGCCUUUCUCUGACCUCUGUGGCAUCCCCCCCUCUGGGUUUGGAGGGCUUCUUCUGCACGUUCCCCCACUUUGGGUCCUCUGGCGUUCCCAUUGUCGGGUCUGGGUUUAGAGCUCGGACGGUGCCGUGGGGCAGCGACGCCUGUGGGCCCGGGGCUCUCAGGGCCCCUUUGGGGAGCGGGACGAAGCUUUCCUGCCUGCCGCCCUCCUCCCACCAUGGGCACACCCCGGCUUCACGGGGUCGGCUGUUUGCCCCCAAUUCCCUCCUGGCCUCAGACACCUUGCCUGUUGGUUCCGUUUGCUGUCUCUCCUAGAGACCCGGAGUCCUGUCCCUGCCAGGUUAGUAGCGCCUGGCUGCCCCUCUGUCUGGGCCCUGGUCAGCCUGGUGAGGAGCCGGGCGGCGCGGCCCUUCCUCUGUGGCGGGACUGUCCUUUGACUUUUCAGGUCUGAGCCGCACACCAAGCCACAGCUCUGCUGUCCGCUGUCCCCUGGCCUAGUACCGGGUGGGGAGGGCUCUUUCCAGGGGGCUGUCAGCUUUUCUGGUUUUCUUUGACUCUGCCCUUCCUGGAAGCUUCCUGCGAGGCCUCGUGGCCCCCGGGGGGUGGGCGAGGGCCGUGUCAGCCCUCCAGUGUUCUUGGUGUCCCACACAGAGUGACGGCAGCUUGCUUUAGUCUGUGUGGCAUCCUGCUGAGCUCAGCCCUACCUUGUACCCUCAGAUCCCAUCAGCUGGGCUCACGCUGUGGCCUCUUCACUUACUCGCUCUGUGACUUCAAGUCACUCUUCUGUCUGAGCUGAGUUUCCUGUCUAAAAUAGCGUCUCACCGACUCUGUGCCCGCCCUGGUGAGUGUUACACGGGCGGCGGCUGGACCUUCUGCUCUGCAGAUGGGGCAGCCCGGCUUCGUGAGGUCGGGGACUGUCCCGGUCAUCCUGAGAGUGAGGGGCCCUCUGCUGCUCCCAUGAUCCCCCGCGUGCUCUGUCUCCGUGGCAGGGGCACUCAGGGAAGCAAGACGGCGGGGCAGAAGAGGCUUGUGCCCUCAGGCGUCUCCUGUCCGUUGCUAGAGGUGUCUGAUGUGAGGACGUGCUGGUUCUGAGACUCAGCCAGGUGCUUUCCAGAAGGUGGUGGUGUUCCAGGCGCCAGUGCCCCGGGGGCCACACCCAUCCCUGGCCUUUCCAGGCCGCGCGUGUUUACUUGUCACUGACCUCUGUCAUUUGUCAUCCUGAGGGGUCUCGAGCCGGAGUGGGGCAGCCUCCUUUUUCAGAAAUGUUGGGAACCCCGACCCCGGGCAGGGGCAGGCGAUGUCCUCCGCCCCCCCUGAGCCUCUGCGCCUCAGGUCGGACAUUCCACGAGACGGGGUCACGUCUCUGCCUGCGAGGCCUGUGUGGAAAUUCCUUCCCCCAGGUGUCCUGGAGAGUCUUGUGCUGGUGAGGAAUGUGGGCCUGUGAGGUCGGCAGGCGGUUCGCUGCAAGUUCCUAGCCGCCCGAGCCGGAGGGACGUUCCCCGACCCUGCCCCGAGCCCGUGAGCUCCUUCCUGGCCGGUGCCGGGGCCCUGGCGGCCGGGCCGCCCGCGCCCCUGUGCUGCGGGGCUCCGUCUGCGUUUGUGUUCUGGAAAUGUGUUUAGAAACGAGUAAAGUUUACAGAUGGAACGAUCAAUUGUUCAAGUCUGGGGAACCUUGGGAGCUUUAGAAUUGAAAGUGGAUUUUAAAAUUCAGAAUUAGCGCUGUUUUGCAGCCUUAAUUGCUGGUAAAGGGGCAGUUGAGCUCCACCGUGAAUGGCGUUGCCUCACUACGGUUUCCGGGCAGGUUUCUGGGAGGAUUUCGUCAUUCCCACCUGGAUUGCUGAUCCACAUGGGACCCGGAAAAGGACCAGGCCAUCAGGGCUUUGCUUCUCGGGCUCAGCCGGGGGGAGCCCUUGGCCUUGCCUCACAGCUAGGAGGCUGGUGAGUUCUGGCUCUGUUGGUGGGGGAGGCCCAAGGGGCUGGAUCUGGGAGCGGGCAGGCCUUGGGCCAGGUGCCGUGGGACCCGCUGUAGCCG